AUGCAAACCUCUCUUAGGUACGGCCUUUUGGCCAGCUUGUCUCUCUACAGCGUUACUGCCGCAGCAAAAUGCAGUUCCAAUCUUUUGAUCGACGAUUUUUCAAGGCGGUCGACCUCCAAUAACAACCUAGGUGGUUAUACAAACGAUGAUGGCUCCAUGAAGAGCAUCACUGUGCAAGGCACCAGUCUUAUUCUAACACCUCGGCCGCCCGCACCUGGGGGUCUCUCCCAGUCCUACUACUACGAGAACAUACCUUGCACACAGGCCGCCAGCGAUGGAUAUGAAGCACUCUCUUUCACCAUCAAGGCGCCAUCAAAGGGGUCGAACUUCACCCUCGAGAUCCAGACCUCGACUUCCUGCAGCACCUCCAGCUACACAUCAGAUUGGCAGGUCGUCAAGGACCUGACCGGCGACGUGCAGACGGUUACGAUUCCGUUGGCAGGCUGGAAGAACCCAAACACGAACCUGGACGCCGUCAAAGCCUUCAACUGGGCCACGUGGACGUCGCCUACUCAAGGAAAUGGCGACGAGCAGUGGCAGUUGGGCGACAUUACGUUUGUGUGUGGUGAUGACGCGGAGCCGACUACGUCGAGCACCUCGACUGGAGCUGGACCCUCAUCUACCUCUACCACUUCGUCGAGCAGCUUCAGCAGCACUGUGGUAUCCGAAACGUCUACCACAUCCAGCUCUUUAUCGACAUCUUCCGGCUUUACAACAAGCACAAUAGCACCAUCCUAUCACAUUCUCUCUUCACACCUUCAAUCCGUUGACUUUGCCCUCAAGUACCCCUACAUCAUCGAUCACCAGCACUUCGCAGUCAUCGUCUACUACGACUUCCCUAUCGUCGAGUUCCAGCACCUCCACGACCUCCAUCCUUCCCACAACCACAUCCAGAACCUCUACAACGACCUCAUCCUCCGGGUCAUCUACCACCAGCACCACCUCCAGAUCUUCUACCACUAG